AAUCGACUUGUUUUCAUCCAUCACUUUUCAUUAGCAAAAACAGACACUAUUAUUUAUGUUUUACAUCUGCUAAAUAAUUAAGCGAUUGCACUAUCCAUAAUGGAUCAAUACGACACAUCGCAACUCACAGAAUUUCCGCGCUUCGAGCCUGAAUCGUCCCAGAGCGGGGUAUCAACGUUCUUUAACAAAUUGUGGAAGUUUCCGAUGUUCUCGCCCAGCGAAUCGGGCGAGAACAGUCAGAACAAAGCCGUGGGAGACGGUAAAGAGGUGUCUCCGCAGAACGAGGAUGUGAACAAGCAGGAAUACGAUGAUAAACCGGAACAGGCGAGCUACGCGGUCGAGUUUGAAGGACGAAGUUUGCACAAUGUUUUGAGCAGAAUUAGCAGUCUUGUUGCGUUGGGGUCAAGUAGUGGCACAAAGUACUCGGACACGGAGCUAGCGCGGUACUGGAUGCCAGACGACAUAUCUCGUGAAUGCUAUGAGUGUGCGGCGCGGUUCGGAACCCUGCGGCGGCGGCAUCAUUGUCGCGUGUGCGGACAGGUGUUCUGUGGGCGCUGCUGCUCUCAACGAGUGCCAGGUCAGAUAUUUGGAUGCGCGGGCGGGCUUCGUGUAUGCAACUACUGUUGCAAUGUCGUGCUGAGCUACCUUCGCGAAAACGAGGCGGGCGAGACUUCGCCCGACCUCCGUUCGCUGCAGGAGAGCUUGCAGGCCAAGUUCCCAGAUAACAAGGCGAACGCGAAAACGCGGGACAACUACAUGUUCGCCCGCGAGGAGGAGCGAGGAGGCGCCCGGGAGCCCCUCGCGGAGUUACUGCCCGCGCUCCGCUCCGCCCUGCCGCUCCUGCAGCACAGGUACCGAUUGGUGCGUUACAACGGUGUGUGGCGAGGGUCGGACAUCAUGCAGUGGAUCAUGGAUAACACCGGCCACAAGACCAGGGCACAAGCUCGAGCGGUGUGCCAGGCCCUGGUGUCCGGCGGCUGGGUGGCGGGCGUGCCGGACCCGGCGCCCAUGUUCGCGGACUACGCGCUCUACCGGCCCGGGCCCGGGCCCGAACCCGAGCCGCCCCACGAUGCACCUGCGGAUGAAGAACAUACACACACUAGCCUGGUAGAGAGUGUGUCCUCAUACUGCCUAGACCUCGACCUGGGCGAGAGUUCAGCGAGACUGACCAAGACGCCCAAGACCAGCGCUCCAGAGCCGAAAUCAUCCCCGUCGAGUGAGGAGGAGACCCCCAACUUGGAACACAGCGAAGGCCCUACGGAAGCCCUAUGCCCCCGCAUCGCAGCCAAAGGCCAAGAGCACCUUGAACUGCUGAUGAGGCAGUGGCUAUCAGCAGAAGCCCUCAGUGCGUCAUGGCUGGAUGUGCUACUGCCGCUGUGUAUGGCGGGAGCAGAGGCUACCAUGCCAGACAUGCACAGCAGCGACAUAGACAUUCGUAAUUACGUGCAAGUGAAGAAGCUACGCGACGGACACAUGCGGGACAGUUGCUUAAUACCGGGCGUCGUGCUCACUAAAAAUGUGGCUCACAGGGGCAUGCCGCAGGAGAUUGAAAAUCCUACCGUUUUGUUGCUCGACUGCUCCAUCGCGUACCAACGGGUGGAGGGCAAGCUGACUUCACUGGAACCGGUACUGCUGCAGGAGCGCGAGUACCUGUCCCGGUGCGCGGCGCGCAUCACGGCGCUGCGGCCGCGCGCGGUGCUGGUGCGCGGCGCCGUGGCGCGCCCCGUGCAGGACGCGCUGCGGGGCGCCGGCGUGGCGCUCGCCACCGGCGUGGGGGAGCGCGCGCUCAGGCGCGUCGCCCGGAGCGUGCGCGCCGACCUGGUGGCCUCCGUCGACGCGAGGAUCGCCGUGCCGAGGCUCGGCGAGUGCAAACGGUUCGCCGUCACCUCCUACCCGAGCAAGACCCUGAUGUCCCUGGAGGGCUGCGCCGAGCCGGCGCUCGGGUGCUGCAUCCUGCUGCGCGGCGCCGCCACCGCCGAGCUGGCGCGCGUCAAGCGCGUCGUCAGGUUCAUGCUGCGGGCCUGCUACAACUGGAAACUCGAGAAAGCGUUCCUCGCCGACGUUGAGGCCAUGCUCCCGGACCCGGGCGCUUUUGAUGACGAUGUUGAUGAAAACGAUGGCGAUGGUGUUAAAGAUGUUAAUCACUGUAAAGAAGAUACAGAAGAAUUUGCCCCCGAUGAUAAUUUGUUUGCCGGUGUGAACAGUGAUGAUAAAACAAUUGAUGAUGGUGAUGAUGUUUUAGCUAGUGAGAAUGAAGUGGCUCCUGAUAAAGUCACUAAAGAUAGCAGGGUGUCAUUUGCUGAUGAUAACAUUUUAGCACAUGAGAAAAUCUCAACUACUAAAGAUAAUAAAAGAAAUAAAGGUGCAGCGUCUGCUAAUAAAGUAAUAAUUAGUGAUGAAAGUACCACAGCUCCAGAUAAAGUCUUAGCCACAGAUGAGAAAAUGUCACCUGUUAAAGAUAAUACAGGUAAUAAAGAAUCAGCAUCUGAUGAUAAAGUACCAGUCGGUAAUAAAAACAUUCCACCUUUAGAUGAUAAAGUCUUAGCUACAGAUGAUGAAAUCUCCAUUAUCAAAGAUGACACAACUAACAAAGAUUCAGCACCUGAUGAUAAAGUAAAUACUGAAGAAAACAUUCCACCCUCCAAUGACAAAGUCGUAGAUGACAAAACACCUAGUGAGUUCUCCGACCCGCUGCAAACCAAAUUCAGUCGCCCAGAGAGUGAGCGAGCGAGCGGAGUUCCUAUCAGAGACUUUAGUGAUCCGCUGCGCGCUGCUGUUGAUGAUGAUGUGUUUUUGGCCGAGGAUAGUCUCCAGGCUGAUACACAUGCAGAUAGAUGGUCGACCGACGACACGGUGUUGUCCAUGUCGCCCAACGUGAUCAUCCCGCCUCCGUACCUGGACACGGAGGCGGGACGGCGCUGCCCGCUGCGGCGCUACCUGCCCCGCCCCGCGCCGGCCGCGCGCCCGCGUCCCCGCCCCCCGACCACCCCGCGCCCCAAGCGCCGACACAGUCGCCCGAGACACAGUGUCAUGGACCUCAAAGAGCGGCACCCAUUCGUAACCGAACCAAUCACAGCGACAGCGGAAGAUCCCGCGCUGAAAGCGUCGCUCGCGCACUACCGCGCCACCGGCUGCCAGCUCGGCGACAAACACACACCGGAAUGCCCCCUGUACAAGCCGUCCGUGUCCCGCCGCCCCGCCGCGCCGGGCGCCGGCGCCGGCUCCGCGCCCGCCUCGCCGGCGCCCGCCUCGCCGGCGCCGGCGCCCGACGCGCGCGACCCGCUCAGCCCCGACCACCACCAGCAGCUCAGCGUGCUGCUCUACAGCUACAGCUCCAAGUCUGCCAAUGUUCCGGACUUCUGCGUCAACCCCUGGAUAGUGACAAUGGAGAUGUACGGUAGAAACGACAUUACGCUCGGCGCUUUUCUCGACAAGUACUGCUUCAACAGCGACUCGAAAUGCCCCUCCGGAGGUUGCUCCGUACCUGUCAACCAACACGUCCGCAGAUUCGUUCACGGCGACGCGUGCCUCACCGUCACCUGCAACAUCAUACAGCACAGCGCCGUCGACAAGCAUAAGGAGGAACACAGCAAACAGGUGAUGUUCUGGUCGCGCUGCGAGCAGUGCGGCGCCAGCGGUCGAGCGAGACGGCUGUCCCGCGCGGCGCUGUGUCUCUCUCUGGCCAUGUACCUGCGCGUGCGCGCUACGGCCGCGCGGCAGGUGGCGCGCGCGUGCCGGCACCCGCUGCACGCGCACGCGCACGUGUUCGCGCGACACACGGCCGCGGCGUGCUGCAGGUACAUGAAGAUUACUCCAUACGAGAUCGAGCUGCCUCCCGACAUGAUCUCCACACACUACGACACAAAAGCCAUGCGGGAUGCACUCAUCGCACAACUCAACGAACUCGUUCUCAAAGGCCACGAGACGCUAAGCGUGGUAGCGGAGGCGGGCGCGGAGGCGGACUACCAAGCGUUCAAGCACCACACGGAGCAGAUCUCCCUGGCGCUCACGCGAGCCAAAGAUAAUACUACGACGGCAGGUGUGAUUCGUUCCCUGUGGCGCGUGUCCGACGCCCUGAUAACGGGCGAGCGCAUGUUGAGGGAAGCGCAGGACACGUGGGCCUCGCCGGCGCCCAAACCCGCCAAACCUGUCGACGCCACCCUGGAAGAGAAAACUGACUUGGAAGAAUCGACAGGAGAAAGCGAAAACUCAGGCACCACUUAUGUGUUUGCAGAGGGGCCCCGAGAGCCCCGAGACGAGAAGGACCACCCUGGUGGCGACGAAGACGAGGAGAAAGGAGACAAGAAGACGGUGCGGCAGAUACUGUCGCAGCUGCUCUCGAAUAAGGAGGCCUCCCAUCAGAACGGAAUCAUAAUCUCACAUGGACUGGUACCGGUAGUAGUGCAAAUUGGUGAAGUGGGUUCCGUGAUCGCGGCCGCGCUCGCUUCAGUUACCUACCAUCGCUCGCUUCGACUGCAGAGACACAGCACCCAGUCGGAAGCCGAUGAAGCCGAAGCCGGUACGGGAAAAGACCGAGUCGACGGCGACAGGAGUAAGGCCAAGUCCAACGACCACAUCGAGGUUUUACUCAAGGAUGGGCUACUGUGCCGCAUAUACUACGCGCCGCAGUUCCACCGGCUGCGGCACGCGCUGCUCGCGUCGCUCGCCGACCUCGCGGCGGAGCAGCCGCGGCCCGAGGACGCGCGCUGCUGCGACGACCUCAAGGACAAAGACAAAAGUCUGUGCGAUAUCGAAGAGGGCUUUAUCCGUUCGCUGGCGCACUGCGUACCCUGGGCGGCCAAGGGCGGGAAAUCAGGAUCAACGUUCUGCAAAACCAAAGAUGACCGUUACGUUCUAAAAGAGAUGACCAAACCGGAGUGGACCCAGUUCCUGGAGUUCGCGCCGCACUAUUUCAACUACAUCACCAGCUGUCGCAGCCAGCAACUACCCUGCUUAUUAGCCCGUAUUGUCGGCGUGUACUCGGUGGGCGGCGCCGGCAACGGCGUGCUGGUGAUGGAGAACGUGUGGUACCGGCGCGCCGGCACGCGCUUCGACCUCAAGGGCUCCUCGCGGCACCGCCUCGCCCAGCCCGCGCCCCUCGCCGUGCUGCUCGACGAGAACCUGCUGCAGCUGCGAUGGCAGCAGCAACUUUUCGUGGCGUCCCACACCGGACGGGUUCUGUUCUCGUGCAUCGACCGCGACACAGAGUUCCUGGCUUCAAACUCCGUCAUGGACUACUCGUUACUACUGGGUAUUGAUGGACAGAAGCUCGUGUUAGGAAUUAUUGACUACAUCCGCACAUUCACAUGGGACAAGAAACUGGAACACCUAGUGAAGAAGAACCUCGGUUCAGGUCAGCCCACCGUGGUCUCCCCCGACGAGUACAAGAGCCGCUUCCGCAAGGCCAGCCGCAAGUACUUCCUGUGCGCGCCCUCGCCCUGGGACCAUCUGGUCUAGACCCUGGACCGGAGACCACCUUGUGGAACCACAUAACCUUUCAAACUGGUAGACGGCCUAAACUAGGAACACGGAAGAUUAAAUCAGUGGAAUUCUUGCCACGUGUGUACAUAUGCCAGAUGACACGAAAAUGUCUAUAAUUAAUUGAAAAAAAAAAAAAAAAACCCCGGCCAAGUGCGAGUCGGACUCGCGCACCGAGGUUUUCGUACUUUUUAGUAUUUGUUGUUAUAGCGGCAACAGAAAUACAUCAUCUGUAAAAAUUUCAACUGUCUAGCUAUCACGGUUCAUGAAAUACAGCCUGGUGACAGACGGACGGACAGCGGAGUCUUAGUAAUAGGGUCCCGUUUUUACCCUUUGGGCACGGAAGCCUAAAAAUGGUCGGUUGUACAGUAUGGCUCGGUAUCUUCGCGAUGCCCUGCGUACAACUUUGUACAUAUUCUCAAUUUUUGAACGCCGGAUAUUUAAAUAGGGAAUUAUCCCCUCGAGCGGCAAAGCAAUAUUUUAAAUUUUCGCUUGUGCGGCGCGCAGCCGCCAGGGGGCGUGUUUUCCAUAUUCAACAUGGCGGCCCGCCGCACGCGCACGCGCACGCGCACGCGCACGCGCACGCGCACGCGCACGCGCACGCGCACGCGCGGUUGUCAGAGCGUCCCAUUCGAGGUAGCUUGCCGCCCGAAGGGUUAUUGAAUUGUUUUUUUCUUUACAUUUGUAAAAACAUAACUUAUUGUUUAAAAUCUUCAGAAAUUGUAUUAUAUAUUAAUUAUACUUACAUACUUAGUUAUUAUCUCAGGUAUUUUAAUAUCCUUCU